GUUUGACUGUAAAAAAAAAAAGCUCAAGCUACAAUUUAAACCAUGCAUGCCAGCGCAGUGUAUAGCAACGGCGGAUAUUUUUCUUUUGUGUGUUGGCCAUCCUGAAGUUUUAUUAUAUUAGAGAUGAAUAGUUGAUGAACAUUGAGUUUUAUUUUCUAUGUUUGUAUGUUAUGUAUCUGCAUAUAUGAAAUAUAUAUUUUGUUAUACCAUCAAGCGUUUUUUUGAGAUCGGCAUAAUACCAUUAUUACUUUUUAUCUAAACACCAUUUAGUUUGUUAUGAUUAUAUAUGUUCGAUCAUCAUAACAUUUAAUGAUUAAAAAAUAUUCUAUGAGAGCGAGAAAAGUUUGUCUUCCAUUGAUGAGUAUAUAUAUUAAUUUGUGCUGAUUUAUUAUUUUCUGUUUUUUUUUUGAAAUUUUACUGAGUCAAAAGAAUUCGGCUUUAUAUAGUUAGUAAUAUUCAUGUUGUGAUAUAGUAGAGAAAGUGUAAGAAAAACAACGUGGUAUCACUAACGUUCGAGCAUUUUUAUUAUUGAAACCAACCACCACCACCAAAAAAAUGGAUAAAUCAUCACUGCAAGAAAUAAACCAAAAACGUCGAAAAGCUAUACGUAAAUUUGAUGCUUAUUUUGAUAGUUUUAAUGAUGGUCAUACAUCGGAAAUUAUUGUGGAUAAAAUCGAAAUACGUAACGUAAUUGAAUUGAUACGUAAAUUUAAUCGUAAUUUGGCCGAUGAUGAUAAUCUAUAUGAUGAAGAAUUGGUUGAUAAAUUCAAAAUGCGUGCACGUCGUAUGGCUAAUUUUUUAAAUGAUUCCACUGCAAAUAAUGAGGAUAGUAAUAAGAAAGAAUCAUCAUCAUCAUCAUCAUCGGAGAAAAUAGUGGCCAACAACAUGGAUAAACAGCCAAAGACAGAACCAUCACCGCAACAACAACAAAAACAAAAGCAACAGCAACGACAAUGUGAACCAGAAAUGAUUAGAAAAAAUGAUAAAAAUCAUCAUCAUGCUGUCAUUGGUAAUGAAGAAAAUAUCGAUGCAUUAUUAAAUGUUUAUUAUAUUAAUAAACUGGAAUUAACUUUUACAAAUUGGUUCGAUUAUUAUCCACAAAUGAUGGAAUUUAUUGUAAAUGGCCCAAAAUCAAUGGACAUGAAAACAAAAAUGGAUUAUUUGAAAAAAACUCUUCGUAACAAUCCGAAAGCAUAUUUAUUAAUUAGAAAUAAAAAUGAAAUCAACGAUGCUGUUAUGAUAUUACGAAAACGAUUUAAUGUUUGUUGCCAAGCUAUACGUGAAAAAAAUGUCGACGAUCUAAUUGAUAAAUUUAAUCAUAGUAUGGAUGAAAGAGAUAAUGAAAAAAAUUUUCGUCAAUUAUUUCGUAUUGCAUUACAUAUUGCUUAUACGGUUCGUGAAGAUUUUCAAACAUAUUAUUUUCACAAGUUGAUGAAAAAAUUGCCAAAAUUAUUACAUUGUGGUACACCAUUUCAGUUUUUAAUAAUGAUUAGAUCAAAACUUCGAAUAUUUGAUGGCCAUCAUGUUUUGAAACCAGGAACAUUUGAAGAAUUAGAACAACUAUUUAAUCGAUUAAUCAAUGAUGAUGUUUCAUUAUGUCCAAUCUGUUUUAAACUUAAACAACGUAUUCGAUCACAUUCAAUAGUCAAAUGUCGCUAUAUUGACGAGCUAAUCUAUACAUAUGGUUUUCGUAAAAUCAACUAUUCAUCAAUUUCAUCUGCUCAAAAUUCAAUGGUUUCAUCGGAUAAAACUUCAAUUAACCGUAAUCGUUCCAGUAUGAACAAUCGAAUAAACAAUCAAAAUAAUGGUAAUGAUCAAGUAAAUCAGAAAAAAAUUUCUAAUACCACAAACAAUGAUAAUCAAUCAACUGAAUCUGAUCAAGUGAAUCAGAAAAAAAUUCCAAUCAUUAUUAUUGGUUCAAAAAGUGAACAAAAUUAUCGAAACGAAGCAUCAAUCAUCGAUCAGAAUGCCACUAAUCAUGAAGCAUUUAUCGAAAUAGACUAUUUGAGAUCAUUGGAAAUUGAUGAGGAAAUAGAUUACAGAGAAUUUUCCGAUUUGAGAUCACGUUUUAUUAUUGGUCAUUUAGAGCUUAAAAUAGCCAUUGGAUUUUUGGUUCGUACGAUAAGAUUUUCGGUUUUUUCCUCACAAAAAGAAGAGCCAACCAUAUAUAUGUCGGCCGAUAUUCUCAAACAAUUUUCAUUAAUUUGGCCAUCAAAAUUUGAACAACGUUUUGCUCAAAUAAUUGAUUGUUCAAUUGAAAGAAAGCGACGAAUUUCAACUAAAAAUUUAGAUUUAAAGAUCGAUCCUUUAUAUGAUGAUGUGGCUGACAAUGUUUGUGAUGGUAAAUCGAAAAACAAUGUGUUGCAAAAAUUACUUACCGCCAAUUUCAUCGUAAAAUCUUCAUUGUCAAAUGUUCAAAAUGAUUUGUUGAAAAUUUCUUCAAUUGAUGAUAACACUGCUAAUGAAGAUUAUUUUAUCAAUCAAGAUGAUCAUAUCUAUUAUUAUUGUAAUGGAAAUCAUUCAUUUAAACAAGAAAUGAAAUAUAAACGUGCACACAUUUAUCAUUUUAAAGGUGAAAAAAUGAAUUCUAAUAAUGAUAUGGAUUCCAUGUUGAUCAAAUUUGAUGAUGAAAAUUUUUCAAUUCUCAUUCAAUUACCAUAUACAAAUGAUGAAAAGAAUGAACAAAUCAAACGAAAAAUUGAAGAAUGUCGUAAAUUGUUGGACUAAAGAAACUCACUUUUUUUAAAAAAAAUUAUACCACUUGAUAAGAAAUGAUAAAUUUUCCCAGAACAUAAUGAGCCAUCAUCAUUAUGUUUUUGAAAAAUUUUUCAUUUCAUUACAAUCGAAUUUUUUGCUGCUGCUGCUGCUGCUGCUGGUCCUGUUGACAUGACAGGUUUUUUCAAGGCGUGAUUUUCGAUAAAUUUUUUUUUCUAUAAAAAAAAAUUCCUGAUUGAAAUUUUGUUUUUGCACAUUUGCUUAUUCAAUA